AUGGACUCUUCAAAUCCUCAAAGGAUAUCAAAGCAUACAACGUUUGUAAAUACUGCACAGUUGGAGCAAAAUACAGCUGGUGAAAAGAAUGACAGCCCUCAAGUUGAUUUAGAACAGACACCACAUGGAUCUAUUGGUUUAAUAAAGUCUAAAUUUGAGAAACUGAGUAACAACAAUGAUACGAAUGAAACUACCAACGCAAAAAACAAAUUAUCUUUUCCUAAUGUUGUUACCAUGGCUCAUCAACAACAUAAACAGCUAUUGCAUAAUAAAUAUAAAUCUGGAGAGCUUAAAAAAAUUUCCGAUAAUGAAAUAAAUGGUCAAAUACCGUCAAAAUCACAAAAAAAUUCAUUUAAGAAUGCCGUUAACGUAGUUAAUGCCGUCAAUGCAUUAAAAUCUCCCCCUCCAAUACCUCCAAGAUCCAAACCACCAAUUGGAGGGAUUAAACCUAUCAUACUACCACCACCUUCAGUAUUAAAAAAUAAUUUGUCACCUACUCUUUUAAAUCUUCCUAAUAGUGCACCUCUUCAACACUUAUUAGAGGACGAUGAUAACCCUUUUGAUGAUUCCAAAGAAGUUGAUCCUUUUGCUGAUGAAAAUGCAAUGGACAAUGAGCUUCCACUACAUGAUUCUACUAAAACUUCAACGAUGAUCACGUCUUCAUCUUCAAGGCCUAGAAGGCAUAGUCAUACUCCUGCUCCAUCUAAUGUUAUGAAAAGAAAUAAACCUAUAUGCGACAAUUUAAUUGAUACAACUUAUAAUUUACAACGUAGUGCUAGUCAAUCAGUAUCUCCAAGAAAACUCGAAAAUUUAGUGCCUAAUUUUUUUCCAAAGUAUAAUGAAAAUGAUCGACCUUCUCUACCUCCAAGACGAUUAAAUAGACCACCAGAUAGACAAGCUCCAGCGCUUCCUAUUCGCCCACAAUUGCCACCGCGAAAACCUAAUAUGGAGCAGAAUAAUGAUAAAAAAAGCAGGCAUACGAAAGUCACAAGAAAAGUAGACGUUCAAGCUUCUAGUUCAGAUUCAGAUUCUUUGGAAGAUUCUUUAUUAGAUGCUCCAGAUGCAACUCGUGCUAAUAGACGCCCGCCAAAAUUUCAUAACAUUCAAGAUAUUAAUAGUAAAAAUACAACUCGUACUUUUGCCAUCGCAGGGGAAUUUUUAAUUACAGGUUCAGGCCAAACUCGUAUAUGGUCAUUAGAGAAUGGUUCAAAUCUUCGUAGUGUCCCUUGUGAUGAUUCUAUAACAAGCUUAUGUUGGCGUCCGACUCGUCGCAUAGAAGAGGUUGGUCGUUAUAUUUGGUGUGGGGCUCAAGAUGGUUACUUAUAUGCCGUUGAUAUAGAUAGUAGUGGGAAACAGAUUGAGAAAAAUAAGAAAGCUCAUAAUUCACCAAUUAAUUUCAUAUUACGUCAUCAAUUGCAAUUGUGGACCUUAGAUGAUAGUGGUAAAUUACAAAUAUGGUCAGAAGAUGAUAGUGGAGUUGUCACACUUAAUUCAAAACCGCAAACUGUAAAGGUUUUACCAAAACCGAAUUGUGCUAUUGUAGUCGGACACCAUUUAUGGUUAUCAUAUGGUAAAUCGAUUGAAAUUUAUAAUCCACUUGACGACGCCCAUAUGGCAAGAAUUGAAUUGGGAUUUGAAGUAGGAAAUAUUAGAUGUAUGACACAAACGGGUAAUUCUUUUUUUGUUUAUACUGGACAUGACGAUGGAAAAAUUAGUGUGCAUGAUGCUCAAACGCAUAAAACCGUGUUCUCUUUGAUUGUAUCAAUGUAUUGCAUUAAUUCUUUAUUGGGCGUAGGCAAUUAUCUUUGGGUUGGAUUCAAAACUGGUAUGAUUUACAUAUAUGACGUGCAAUCUAGUCCUUGGGUAGUAAUCAAGGAUUGGCAAGCUCAUAAAUCUCCAAUUAUUGACAUGCAGUUGGAUAAUGCUGGUUUAUGGAGAGUUAAAAGAUUGCAAGUUGCUAGCUUAAGCGAUGAAGGUCAAAUCAUUGUAUGGGAUGGCUUGAUGCAAGAGGAUUGGAUAGCCGAUCAAAUGUUUGAUAGAGAGAAAGAUUAUUGUCUUUUUAGGGAUGUUAAAGUGUUAAUAUGCUCAUGGAAUAUCGACGCAUCAAAACCAGAAGAUUUAGAACGAUCUCCUGAUGGUGAGCAAUUCCUUAACAAUUGGAUCAAAAGCACAAAGUCACCUGAUAUAGUAGUCUUUGGAUUUCAAGAAAUUAUUAACCUGGAAUCAAAGAAGAUGACCGCAAAAACCAUGUUAAUGACAAAAAAGAAAAAUGCCAAACAAUUAAAUGAAAACAUAACGCAGCGAUAUAAGUUAUGGCAUGAUAAGUUAGUUCAAGUGGUUGGUCAGAAAUACGAAGUUUUGGAAUCGGAUAAUCUUGUUGGAUUAUUUACAUGCAUUUUCGCAAAGAAAACCGAAAGGGAACAUAUUAGAGAUAGUGAUGUUGCGAUAAAGAAAACUGGGUUAAAAGGGUAUCAUGGCAAUAAAGGUUCGAUAGCGACGAGAUUUAUAUAUGAUGAUACAUCAAUAUGUUUUGUGAAUUGUCAUUUAGCAGCAGGACAACUACAGACCAAGGAAAGAAAUACGGACGCGGCAAAGAUAUUGGAUUAUACGACAUUUCCAUCAAAAGCCGCAAAAGAUAAGUUUGUGUGGCGAGAAAAUGAAUACGUGUUCAUUAAGGGAGGAGAUGGAUCGAUGGUAUUAGAUCACGAAAUAGUAUUCUUUAGUGGGGAUUUAAAUUAUAGGAUAAAUUUAACAAGAGAUGAAGUAAUUAAAGCUAUAAAAAACAAAGAUUAUAAAUUCUUAUAUGAACAUGAUCAAUUAGUUAAACAAAGAAAUACGAAUGCAGGAUUUCGUCUUGGGCAAUUUUUAGAAGGGAGAAUAAAAUUUGAUCCGACAUAUAAAUAUAAUCCUGGAGAAGAUGAAUAUGAUACGUCAGAAAAAAAAAGGAUCCCAGCGUGGUGUGAUAGAAUAUUAUAUCGUCCUAAAUACUUUAAACCAGAGCAUCCAUUGAGACAUGAAGAGUCUGAUUCAAGACUUGAAAAUGAAAGUAAUGAUAAUGUUAAACUAGAGCAUUAUUCAAGACAUGAAUGUAAAAUAUCAGAUCAUCGACCUAUUAGAAAGGCUAGAGAAGAACUACAUAAAUUCACGGUUAGAUGGUUAGUAAGUUGCGGUUGGGAUGAAGAGAUUGCUGACAAAACUCUCAGAGAGAAUAAUAGAAAUUUGAGAAAAACAGUAGAUCAAUUGAAAAUCACAUUCCCCAUGAGUAAGAAAAUGUACCAGAUUUCCGAAGUAACUGAGAUUGUUGACAUGGGAAAAUUAAUGGAAUAUGAAUCGUCAUAG